CCUCAGCGUCAAGGUUCUGCUGGUGGAGAACAAGAUCGAGCUGGAGCCCAGCGUGGCGGAAAUGGCCGAGCUGUUCUGCUCGUACAUCCAGCUGAUCGCCGCCGAAUUUGAGUCGUGGCAGCACAUCCCUGGGAUGCUGGGCCACGAGGACCGCAACCCGCCGCAGGCGACCAACUCCAUCAUCAUGACUGACGAGGACGCCAACAAGGUCCAGAUGGCCAUCAACAACGGCAUGGCCGUGGCUGCUGUCCAGCUGCAAAAUUACCUGAAGACCUGGGACACGUUCCGCGACAUAUGGGAGAUGGACAAAGACCUGUUCAUCAAGCGCUACCAUCGCAUGAACCCGACUGUAGCGGCCUUCGACAGCGACAUCGCCAGGUACUCUGAGGUUGCGAACAAUGUGCAGAUGCAGGACACGAUCGUGGGCAGUCAAUUUACGCUGCUGGACUGCGCCGGUCUGAAGCACGCCAUCGUGUGUCACUGCACCGAGUGGCAGGAGAAGCUGACGGAGCUGCUGCGGCAGAUCGCUUCCGACAGACUGGUCGAGGUGCAUCAGUACAUCGUCGACAAUACCGCCGGGAUGAAGUACGUACCGCAGAGCCUAGUGGAGCUGCAGGAGAGUAUCAACCUGCAUGAGCGACUGCUGCACGAGCGGCCAGAACUGGAGAAGACGUUCCCCACCACGGAGGAACAGUUUGUUGUUCUUGACAAGUACGAGGUAGCCGUAGAUGAGGCAGUGCUGGAGGACCUACGACGCCUGCCGCCAGUCUGGGAGGCCUACUGUGACCUGCUCCUCGAGACCGCCGACACGUUGGAGCAGCACAAGGACAGGUUCCGGACAGGUCUUCUGGCCGACGCUAAUGAUCUGAAGAAGAACAUAUCCAAUUUCAUUGCUGAGUUCAAGCAGAAGGGUCCGUUUACAGACGCGUGGGAGGUCCCUGCCGCCCGAGAGAGCAUUGCCGAGUAUGGCGCUCAGUCAGACGUGUUCAAGGAAAAGGACUUGGAGAUCAAGGCCGGCCUUAAGAUCUUCAACAUCGAGCACGCACUCUCCAAAGAUCUGAAGCGAUUCGACUUGGACCUGGAAGCGAUAGACUCCGUGUGGGCGCUGACCGCCGAGUGGGAGCAGUCCUGGAGCCAGUGGAAGCUGCUGAAGUUCCAGGAGCUCGACACCAUUGAGCUGGAUUCCCAGGCCACGAGCGUGCACAAGCGCUUUACAAAACAGCUGAAGGAGUUCCGUGACAAUGGCUGGGACAUCAUCGAACAGAGCAAGGCACGUGUGGACGCCUUCCGCCGUGCGCUGCCACUCAUUAUGGACCUGAAGAACGCGGCGCUGCGGCCCCGUCACUGGGAGGAGAUCCGGCUCCUCAUCGGCAGGGAGUUCGACGAGAAGGUCGAUCUGACCAUAACACGGUGCCGCAGGGAGUUCGACGAGAAGGUCGAUCUAACCAUGGAUACCAUCUUCGAAUGGGGCAUGGACCAGUUUGCGGACGAGAUACACAACAUCUCUCAGUCCGCAACGAAAGAAAUGACCAUCGAAAAG